UGGUUAGGUGCUGUAGAGUCAAACACAAACACUCAGUGAUCUGAAAGUGAAGGAAAAACAGACUGAGGAGAGAAAAUAACAGAAAUGACAUUUUCCCACUCACUUGAAUAUUCACACUAUAUUCACUCUUGAAUAUACUGAAUGAUACAAUCGAUAAUCUUGAUGUGGCUUUACAGACGGCAAUACGAUUUGUAGUUCUUCUCAUUUUCCUACUAUGUUUUAAAAGAAAUAGACGUCAAACACAAGAUUUCUGGUUCUACAUCAGCUGACGAGGAAACAUUGAAGAGGACAACAGAGCCUGAAGACACAGAAACCCAGAGAGGAUCAUUUCCAGAGUCUCUCAAUGAACACCCAGAUAAGCGGACACUGUGGGCUGGAGAAUCAAGGCUCCUGCUGCUUGAAUGCAGUUCUUCAGACGCUCUUCAUGACGAAGGAGUUCAGGGAACAUGUCGAGAGUGUUUCAUCUGAUGAUGACUUCAUUAAAGAGCUGAAGAAAUUGUUCAAUGAAUUGGAGACACAGAAAAAUGCAGUUUCAGCAGCUGGGAUCACAGAGAGCCUCGGCAUUACAGACGUUCAUAAAGAACAAGAUGCAGCAGAACUUCUGCAUUUGAUCCUUAAAAAGACUCCUGGAUCCUCUGAGAUUUUUAAGGGCACAAUCAAGACCACAAUAACAUGGAGGCUAUGCGGACACAAGCAAGAAAGCUUGGAGGCUUUUCUCUCAUUGACAGUCUCUUUUAAAGACUCUCAGGAUGUGGAAGAUGCUGUAGAGGCACAUAUUGAUCAAAUGUGUGGAGAGUAUCCGUUGAAUUGUUUUCAUUGUAACAGCACAGGCUGUAAAAAGGAAAGUGAGAUGAUCAACUUUCCAAAGCUACUGAUUAUUCAGUUGUCCAGGUUUGAGAAGGUCUCAUAUGGCUACAGAAAAAAUGUUUGGAAAGUGAUCAUUCGUCCUCAGAUUAAGGUUUCCUCUCAGACAUAUGAACUCUAUGCCAUAGUAAACCAUUGUGGCACAUAUGAUGGUGGAUACUAUAAUGCAGACAUCAAAUGUGAAGAUAAAAUCUGGUAUCGAUUUAAUGACUGCAGUGUCUCAGAGAGUCCUCUGAAGAGCGUCUUCAUAAACGAGAGCUCCACACUCAGGAGUUCAUUUGCCUAUCUACUCGUGUACAGACGCAGAGAGUAAAUGUCGAGAUCCCCACACUCAGCUGAAUCUGAAUUAUUCUCAUAUUUGAUGAAGUUUGCAUCAUUGAUUCAGUUAUUUUCCUCUUUAUUACUGUGAAGUUGAUUUAAAACAGUCUGUAACAUGAAACAUAUUCAUGCAUUUAUUCAUCUUUCAUGUUAAUCAUUUAAUGAUUUAUGGCUUAUGAUUUAUCCAACAUUAUCUCUUGAUUUCAUAUAUUCAUGUACUCUACUCCAUAUAUUAAUCCUCAUCAUAUUUUCAAGUGUUUACUCUUUAUUGUACUCAUGUUAUGGUUAUUCUUUCAUCUUUAAGAUAAUGUAUUUCACUGUAUUCAGUUGUUCGAGUGUUUCAGUGUUCAGGUUAUGUCGACACGUUUGUGGUUAGAUAUCGGACGCCUGUCCAUGUACUGCAGAAGUGAUGAUCAUUUUGAACUUGAUGUACCUUUGUAUCAAAAUAUGUCUGUUUCCAUCUCUGCAGACAUGAGAUAAUGCAAGACCUGCUUCUGCUUCUUCUCUUCUACCUUCAUUUCAUUCUGCAAACAUCUUCCUUCUUCUGUUCUCUCUUUCUCUAUAUUCAGAUCUUCACUCUUCAUCUGUUCCACACAAUACUCUGUAUUUUAUUAUAAACUAUUAUUUUCCUCAGUCAUUUCUUUGUCUCUGUAAUUUUUACUUUAUUAUUCCUUAUUUAGAUUUGAUCUCUGACAUGAUUUGAUCUCUGGACUGUCUGGAUAUAUAAAUAAAUAAAACAUAAAUAAAAGUGAA